AUGGACUCAGUUUCUCGUGCUGUGUUGGGUGCGUUAUCGUGUUGUUGGAAUUCUGCAGCUCCCAAAAAGUUGCAGUAUUUUGGCUGGAGAUUGCUUCACGACAGACUUCCAUCAAAGGAUCAUCUUUUCAAAUGUGGUAUCAUUACGGAAAUCACCCAACUCAAGUGCGUUUUUUGCUUGUUUGAUGAAUUUUCUGUGCAUCUGUUUGUGUCGUGUCCAUUUGCGGAUAACAUUUGGAGGAAAGUCUACGCUUGGAUUGGGUCGAUUGCGGAAUUGAGUUUGGAAGAAUUCAAGUCCUUUCUCUUUAAUUGUGAGAAAAUCUUUUGUAAGCGGAAGCGCAGAGUGGUGUCAGUGAUUUGGUCUGUCUCUGCUUGGAACAUAUGGCUUAUGAGGAAUGAUAUUAUUUUUAAUAAUGUUAGUCCGAGUUUCGUCGAUUGUAUGCCGGCCAUAAUUUUUAGAUCUUGGAAUUGGCUAUCCUCCUUUUGUAAGAUUGUAGAUUGUUGUGAUUUUUACACUUGGAACACUUUUCCUAUCCUUUGUUUUGAGAUGAAUUGGCUAUCCUCCUUUUGUAAGAUUGUAGAUUGUAGAUUGCCGGUGUUUGUAUUGUCGGGUGGAGCUCACUUUAGUUUCCUUUAA